AUGUGUCAUGUCAUUGUCACCUGCCGCUCCAUGCUCUGGACCCUCCUGAGUAUUGUGGUGGCGUUCGCGGAGCUCAUCGCCUUCAUGAGCGCGGACUGGCUCAUUGGGAAAGCCAAGACCCGCGGCGGCGGCGGCACCGGCUCCGGCACGGACCCUGAGGAGCGGGGCGGCCCCCCGGAGCCCCACCACCCGACCCUGGGCAUCUACGCGCGCUGCAUCCGCAACCCCGGGGUGCAGCACGUCCCGCGGGAGACGCUGUGCGGGCCCUACGCCGAGAACUUCGGGGAGAUCGCCAGCGGCUUCUGGCAGGCCACUGCCAUCUUCUUGGCCGCGGGCAUCUUCAUCCUCUGCAUGGUGGCCCUGGUGUCCGUCUUCACCAUGUGUGUGCAGAGCAUCAUGAAGAAAAGUAUCUUCAACGUCUGCGGGCUGUUGCAAGGCAUUGCAGGCCUGUUCCUUAUCCUCGGCUUGAUACUCUAUCCUGCUGGCUGGGGCUGCCAGAAGGCCGUUGCCUACUGUGGACACUAUGCAUCGGCCUAUAAACCUGGAGACUGCUCCCUGGGCUGGGCCUUUUAUACUGCCAUCGGUGGGAUGGUCCUCACCUUCGUCUGUGCCAUCUUCUCUGCACAAGCAGAAAUUGCAACCUCUAGUGACAAAGUACAGGAAGAGAUUGAAGAGGGGAAAAACCUCAUCUGCCUCCUUUAA